CAAGGGUUGCUAUGGCAAUUUUAACCUAACGUAACGUCCGUUCAUUUAAAAAGACCACAGGUACUACAGUGGUCUCACUGAUAACAGACGUUUUAUGUUAAAUUUACGUCGUUUAAUUUAGCUAAACCCAAAUAGCUGUGUAAAAAGAAGCGAACGCUUCUUUCGUAGGACAGAGAUGGAGUAUGAGACGACGGAGACUGUACGCUCGACCCCGAGUCGCCACGAAAAAAGUUUGGGGCUUCUCACGAUGAAGUUUGUCAGUCUGCUACAAAAAGCUAAGGAUGGCGUCCUUGAUUUAAAAGUGGCUGCAGACUUCUUGGCGGUGAAGCAGAAGAGGAGGAUUUACGACAUCACUAAUGUACUGGAAGGUGUGGGGUUGAUAGAGAAGAAAAACAAGAAUAUAAUCCAGUGGAGGGGGCAGAAUACAAGCAGCCAAACUCAAGAGAUACUGGAGCAGAUUGGAGUAUUACAAGCCCAAAUCUCUGAGUUAGAUGUCCAAGAGAAAGCGCUUGAUGACCAGAAGGCCUGGCUGGAGGAGAACAUCAAACAUAUCAACCAUGAUCCCAUUAUCAGUUCCUAUAAAUUUGUGACACUUGAAGACAUCUGCAGUGCUUUCAGUGGAGACACGCUUUUAGCCGUUAUGGCUCCUGCUGGAACCCAGCUGGAAGUGCCACUUCCUGAAAUGGGCAAGGGUGGCCAAAAGUAUCAGGUGAACCUGCGGAGCCACUCGGCUCCCAUCCAAGUCAUGCUCAUCAACAGAGACUCAGGCUCUAGAGCACCCAUGGUCUUUCCUGUACCGCCUACUGAUGACAUCUGUCCAAUACUAACUCCACCCAGCACACCAGCCAGCCUUCAGAGGUUUCCUCUCUCAAUGUCUUUGAGCUCUACUUCCAACACCACCUCCUCCUCCUGCAGCAGCCAGGACUCUGUCUGCUCAGACCACAAGAUGGUGCUACCAGACCACAAUGAAGCGCCGACACCAUCAUCCACUCCUGGUGAUGUGCAGAUGGUGUGUCAUCAGUCAGCAGCAGCAUUGGAGCAGCAUCAGAUGGACCUGGUGGGUCCAGAGUUUCAGUCUGUGCUGGAUGUAAGCAACCUGUUGAAGCUCAAUACUGCUGCAGAGGUCAAGGAUGACAGAGAGGGAGCUGUUGACCUAAUUGAUGAGCUAAUGUCAGCAGAUGAUAUAGACUACAGCUUCAACCUGGAUGACAAUGAGGGUGUGUGCGACUUGUUUGAUAUGCAGAUCCUCAACUACUGACAGCUGCUGGAUUAGAAAUAACUGAGAAGCACCUUUUUUGGCAUCUCUUCAAAACUCUUUAAAAUAACUUUUUUGCCAUUUAGUCAUGAUUGCACACUUUUUCAUUUCAUCAUUCUAAACAUUCUUAAUCCCUGUGCAUCAGGACAUUUAGCUUACUACACUGGCCUAUUGCAAACAAAGUGGAGUACUUGAAUGCAUUUACCACGAGGUAUUUACAUGACUACAAGCCAUAAUGGGUCAUUUGAGACUUUUAUGGUUUCCUAAAUAAAUAUCUUUAAGAUUCUAGACAGAUGAGGGGACUUAGCAGAAGUAAGCAGAGACUAAUUCUUCAUCCUCACGUUGUUGUUAAGAGCGUUUGUAUUUACAUUUGUUUUCCAUAUCCAGUGGAAAGCCUGAGACUUGAACAUGACUUAAUUAGUUCAGUUGCUUUUGGGACUGUGGCAGUGUUUUGCUUUAGCUGAUGUGUACAGUAACUUGUAAUGAUUCUGUAUUGUCUUUGUUUUCAAUUUCAACACAGGGUUGAUUAUUUAGAUUUAGAUAUUUGAUUUAUUUCAUGUGAGUCCUCACAUGAAAAUCCUAUACACUGGUUUUAUUGUUAUAUUUCAGAUAUUUUGUUUAAUGACUAAAUGCUUUGGUACCUUGUUCUAGGAAAGAAUGAUAGAAAAGUUUUUUUUCUAAAUUAUUUAUACUGCCAUUAAAGCCCCCACCCCCAAUCAAUAUCGUUGUAUAUUUGCCUAGAUUUCUUUUUUUACUAACAAAAACAUGACUGGAUCCAGCUAAAGCUAAGUGUACUACCUUAAUUGUUAUUUAAAUAAUUCAAUUUGCCAUAUUUUUAAGUCCUGAAUAUCAUAUUUUGCAUAUUUAUAUUUUUCUUCUAAUUAUUAGAAGACACCCUUUUGUUGCACAUUGUCUUUUUUUCCAAUAAAAACA